UUUCGUUUUCCAACUCUUUCUUUCUCUCUUUCAAAAGGACAGGAAUCCUUCGACCGAAGAUAAUUCGGACUGAAAGACGUUUGUGGAUAGAUUGUGGAUCCUUUCAUCAUUGAUAUCUAGUUCGAACCGACAUUAUCUGCUUCUACCAAAGGGCGUGCGUGAGACAACCGGUGACAAACGUUUAUUCCUUUUUUUUGGGCGGACUCGGUAGAUAAAUAAAUCAUCAUGGCAGACGUUUCUCCUUCAGACACUAUCGCAUCUGUUGAUUCUUCACCUUCGGCAUCACCUUCACCUUCCUCUACACCUUCACCAUCUUCACCUUCAGCUCAAGAAUCUUCUUCCCCUACUUCUUCUCCUAGUCAACAAUCUCAAUCAACGGAUUCAUCUUCCAAUUCGGCAAGUCCUACAUCUUCACCUUCUUCUUCACCUACUUCUAGCGAUACUUCUUCCGAUACAUCUUCCACCUCUUCCAGUUCUGAUACAUCUUCUUCCGAUACUUCUACUUCAUCGUUCGCUUCUUCCACUUCAUCCAAUACCGAUUCGACUUCGUCUACUUCCGCUACCUCCGUAGCAUCGACAUCCGAUUCUAUCACUUCUUCCGCAGUCGCAUCAAGUGGUGUAUCUUCGAAUAGUGCUUCCCUUACAGACAUUGCAUUCGUAACUACCACGGAUAGUAAUGGUAGUACUUAUACCUACACUCAAACUGUUCAUGCGGCAGGUGGAUUAUCUUCCGGUGAUACCGGUUCGACAACUAGUUUCUUCGAUAAUAAAGGUGCUGUAGCAGGUACUUUUGUUGUCGUAGGAUUAGUUCUUACUUCCGCUUUAUUAGCAUUUAUCGUUUUCAUGUUACGUCGUCGUCGUCGUCAACGUUUAGAUAGAGAUGUAGCUGCUGCUGCUGCAGCUGCUUCAGCGGCAGCAAGAGGUGGUUUCGAUGAUGAAGAAGAUCAUCCAAUGUCACAAUAUGGAGGUUAUUACGCAGCUACUCCUGGAAUAGAUAUAAUGAAUCAACCUCAACCUCAAAUGUCUCAAUACGAUUAUGAAGAUCCUUCAGGUGGAUAUGAUACAUAUGCCACGGAUAUGAUACAACCUCCCAUGUCGGGAGUAGGGGAUAGAAUGUCGACGGCUACUGUUCCUGGUUUAGCAGGAUUUGGAGCUCAAAGCGCACAAAAGAAUUUCGUUAAUAAUUAUCAAGAAUUACAAGGCGGAAGAUCUGAUCUUUCUCUAUCCACAUCGAAAUCAACAUUGAACUCGCAGAGACAAUUGUUAUCUCGUUCUGGGUCUGGUUCUGGGGUAGGGGUAGGAUCUGGAACAGGAGCGGUAGCGGGAGUAGGACAAAGAGGAUAUUAUUUCGAUCCGAAGAACGCUUCUGCAUUUGCCGAAGAACCUUACGAAGGAUAUGAAGAAGGUCAAGAGGAAAUGUUACCUAGUAGACAUAUCAGAUCGGGAAGUGAAGGGAGUGUAGCAAAAGGACCAGAGGACAGGAGUCUCAAGGUUACGAAUGUCUAAUGGAUUCAUUCAUGAUUCCAGACUCGACGUGAAAUCAAGGGCGGGGUGGGGCAGGUCAUGAGAAUAACGAUGAUGGAAUGUGAGGGGUGAGGUAUCGAAGAAUAGAACGAAGGGGUAAUGCGGCGGUUUAUCGUGUUCGGUGAUAUGAGGAGUGUAGAAGGGAAACCUGGAUUGGGUUAGAGGAUGGGUGAUUGGCAAUCCUGACGUGUAAUUAAUUUUCCCCGCCAAAACUCGGGUGCCACGCCCGGCGUUAUGCGAACUCUUAUGGACACCGACUGUACAAAGGGUGUAUGUAAAUGGAGGAAUACCUUGUCAGGUCCAGUGAUUUAUAUAUUUUGCUUCCCGGAUGCAAAUGAAUGUUGGUUUUUAG